AGCCGCUCUUCCCUUUUAUAUAGCCGACAUCAUCGGUUCUCGUCGCUUUGAGCUCUGAAAGCUGUCCGCAACGAGCUGAGGCUCUUAUCCCCCUGUGUAUAACCCGGCCAAGUCUUGGGGCUCUCUCCUGUCGCCGCCAGGUACUCCGAUCCCCCGUCUUACCUGCAGCCAACGGCGCAUUGGUCCGCGCCCCCCAUCGGGGAUCUCGUCACGAUAUAUCACUUCAAUCCGGGCAGUCCAGAAGAAAGAGCAAGGCUGUGUGGCGCUGUGUUGUGUGAAUAACGAACAAAAUGGGUUCCUGCUUCAGUACGGAAGCAACGGGGGAGAUGACGGAACAGAAAAAGAGAAGCCAGAUAAUCGAUCGGAGACUAGAGGAGGAUUCGAGACAGUUACGGAGAGAAUGCAAAAUCUUACUACUUGGAUCCGGAGAAAGCGGCAAAUCCACCAUCGUCAAACAGAUGAAGAUCAUCCAUCAAAAUGGCUAUACCGUUGAAGAACUAGCUUUAUAUCGCUUGACCGUCUACAAGAACCUGCUCGAGUGCGCCAGAUCCCUCAUUGGUGCUUACGAACGUUACGACCUUGAACCCUCCAGUCCCAAAGUCCAAGAGUUCAUCGAAUUCCUGUCCGACUACAACAUCGAUCCCGAUCCCAACACUCCCCUCGAUUCGACUGUCGGGGACGCCAUCACCUACCUAUGGAGUGACCCGUGUACAUCAACCGCACUCGAACAUCAAAAUGAAUUUUACCUGAUGGACUCUGCACCAUAUUUCUUUGAGGAGGCCAAACGGAUAACUUCGCCAGACUAUAUCCCCAACGUCGACGAUGUGCUUCGCGCGCGAACAAAGACCACCGGUAUUUACGAGACUAGAUUCACCAUGGGCCAGCUGAGUAUACAUAUGUUUGACGUUGGUGGUCAGCGCAGUGAACGAAAGAAGUGGAUCCACUGUUUUGAGAACGUCACCUCCAUCAUCUUUUGCGUGGCAUUAAGUGAAUAUGACCAGGUGCUCUUGGAAGAAAGCAAUCAGAACCGAAUGAUGGAAAGUUUAGUUCUCUUUGAUUCGGUUGUCAACUCUCGGUGGUUUAAGCGAACUAGUAUCGUCCUGUUCCUGAACAAAGUCGACUUGUUCCGCCAAAAGCUUCCUCGUUCGCCUUUGAUCAAUUACUUCCCCGACUAUUCUGGCGGUAAUGACGUGAAUCGCGCGGCCAAGUAUCUGCUCUGGCGGUUUAACCAGGUCAAUAGAGCACACCUCAAUCUCUAUCCACACUUAACGCAAGCAACCGAUACGACAAAUAUUCGUCUGGUAUUUGCAGCGGUCAAAGAAACUAUACUGCAGAAUGCCUUGAGGGAUUCAGGUAUUCUCUAGUUUUGCCAACUGUCUGGUGACUACUAUCUAGCGUGAUACAACUCCGCCAGUUGUCUCUCACCGACUCCCUUUUACCGUUCCUCUAUCUUCCUUCUCCAUCUAUUUGCCUCUCUUCCCUCUCUUUUUUUUUUUUUUUUU